UUCCUCUGUGACGUUGCCAUGUCAGCUGUCUCCACCCAUGAAUGCCCUGAACCUGGAAAUCCGCUGGCACCGCCCGGACGCCUACAAGGUUCCCAUCCUGCUGCAGAAGACCCCAGUGAAACCGGAUCAGGCCCUAGACAAACAAUACAGUGGUAGGGUGUCUCUGGUUGGAGCUCUGGAGAAGGGAGAUGUGUCUAUGAGGCUGGAGAACAUCACCCUGGCAGACAGAGGAGACUAUGUGUGUUACGCCAAGAGCACGCAGUGGUAUGAAUCGGCCACCGUCAACCUGCAAGUCAGAGUGGUGGGCUCAGCGUUAGCAGUCUCUGUAGGCGAGACGACGGAGGGUCAGGUGAACAUUACCUGUGCAACGGACGGCUGGUCUCCUCAACCAAACGUCACCUGGACCAACAGACAGGGGAGCCUACCUGGAUCACCCACAAUGCACUCUGAAGGAUCUGGGGGAAUGACAGCACUCUUUGUUAUCACCCUGCUGCUGUUGUUGGCUCUGCUCAUUGGGAUGUUUGUGGCCUACAGGAAAGAAGGGCAGUCUCUAGCGUCUCCAGUAGAUGACAAAGUAGUUACCAAUGAUGAAACCCAACCAGCCAACGGCAUAAACACAGAGGGACUCCCUACACUAUCCAUUGAAAAGAUUCCUCCAGAAAUGAAAGAUGUGGAAACUAACACAGAGGUUAUGAUGAAGGAUAUGAUCAUUGUGACCCCAGAGUGGGAUAGUCUGAAAUCCUAUGCAGUGGAAAAAAUCUGUCUGGAGGUUAAAGGAAUCCCUGAGUUUCUGAAGGUAAAGGAUGGUCCGGGUGUGAAGACAGAAGUGUGGUGUCCUGAUCCAGCAAGAGUUCAAGGCCAUGCGGAGAGGGAUCCCCACGUGCUGUGUCAGCAGAGAUUCAACAGUGGGAAACACUGCUGGGGAGUGAAGAUGUGGACAACUCCAAAGAUCACAGAAAUGGCAACAAAUGAUAAAAAGAUCAAGCAGAAACAGUCUUGGUAUGUGGGUGUAUGUAGGGAUGGUGAAGAGAAAAUUAAGAAAGUUCGUUUAACCCCAGAAAAUGGUUUCUGGGUUCUACAGUAUGAAAAGGGAACUGGGCUGUUUGUCAAUACGGAUCCUCCAACUCCAGUACCAAUGACAGAACUCUUUAGGAGACUUGGAGUGUUUCUGGACUGUGACAAACACACUCUGUCCUUCUACAACAUAGACACCAACUCACACCUGUGCACCUUUGAGAAUGUUGGAGGAAUGUCUGGUGGAGCCAUCCAUCCUCUGGUCAGUCCUGGAAUUAGAGACUCAGAGGUCAUGAGAGUCUGCACAUAUGAGGAGAUGAAAAAGAAGGACAUACUUAAAGUUUAA